GCGCCGCCACGAUGCCCAAGAAGAAGGUUAGCGCGGACAGAGUGGCGAAGGCGGAGCCCAAGCGGCGCUCGGCAAGGCUGUCGGCCAAGCCCGCCCCUGCCAAGGUGGACACGAAGCCGAAGAAAGCCGCGGGAAAGGAUAAACCAUCAGACAAAAAAGUGCAAACAAAAGGGAAGAGAGGAGCAAAGAGCAAACAGGCGGAGGUGGCUGACCAGCAAACCACAGAUGUGCCUGCAGAAAAUGGAGAGGCUGAGAACCAGAGUCCAGCCUCUGAAGUCGAAGAGAAAGAAGCCAAGUCCGACUAACCAUCCAUCAUGUCUGUCAGUGUCCCCGGCCUCCCUU